CUUUAGUGUGAGAAGGUAACUUUGGAUUAUGGCUAACAUAUACUCAGGGAUUUAUACUAAGCUAAAGGAUAGAAAUUGUGACAUAAAGGACCGAUUGAAGCUUGCAAAGUUUGCCUGGUUCUCAGAUAAAGUUAUAUUGCCCAACAAAGAACAGGUUCUCAUUGAUUUCCUAAGUGGGCUUCUUUUGAAUAAGAAAAGGAGUAAUGUUUCUGAGAAUGAAACUUGUCUAGUUUGGAGAUGUUUAUAUGAAGUCCUACAGUCCAAGAAAUGUCACAGUCCGGGCAAAUCCAGGCAGACCUUGAUCAUCAAACCCUCCAUCUGUCAGGUUUUGUGCAAUAGCAUUUUGCUGGAGUGCAAGAAAAACUCUGGCUGCACAGCAGAUAUCGUAGGAUGUGCAUUAGCUAUUAUACGAUCUCCAACACUGUCCUAUGUCUUCACAUCAAAAUAUGACUUUCUGGUCAGACUCCUGAGUAACGUGUUACAAUUGGUUGUACAAACAAUCAAAGAUGACAGAGUUAUCCCUCCUGAUUACAUCCAGCUGUUACAGAGAUGUACUUCAGCUUACUCAGUGUCCCAAAGAGCUCACCCACAGCAGGAAAAAGUUUUUCAAUCGGUGGUUGACUGUUUACUGUCACCAAUAUUAUUGUUGGAAAAUGCGACAGAAAAAUAUCCUGAACUGAAAGAUUGUGCUGAAAUCUUGACUAAUGUUCUUGACCAGGCACUGUUCCACAAAGAACACCACCCUUUUUACGAGAACUUCUUGUCAUCAGUGGUCAGAAAAGAUGAAGCUAAACAUAAAGUUUCCAAGACAAUUGAAAGUUUCUUUCAUUCAUUGUCUAACCUUCUCAGCAAACAGAAAGGUCAAGAUUGUAACACAGACACAGAUAAGAUGGCCAGUCGGUAUCUGACUGUCUUCUUUGAGAACUUCUUGUCCUACAAAUGCCAUAGUGAUAAGCCUUUGACAGGUUUUCACCUGUUGGUCCACAUCUGUGGCCUGCUAGGGGUCAAGGACGACACUUUGGGGCUGUGUAAACCACCGCUGUCGGAGCAGGAUGUGGUAGCCGUGGUGUCUAGUCUGCUGAGAAGUUUACUGAAGCAUGACAUUUACAGUCAGCCGCAGGAUGCCGCAGAGGACAACGUCCAGCUCAAGUUUUACAGCCAUGUCCUGGUUGUUGUUUUACAGCACAGACAAUCCUCAUCCUUCUUUUCCUGCUUGGAAAGUUUGCUUGAACUCAAUCACGUUAUUCUGGAAGCAAAAAUGACAGAGGUGAUCCAGAUAGCCUGGCUUGAAGAAUCUGCCGAAGAACUAACAGGGAAAAGACUAACAUUUUUAGAGAACUUUGUGACCAAACUGUUUAAUACAUACUCCAAACUACGCCAAAUACCAAAGCUUCUUAAUCUUUUGUUGACUUCCCUGAAUGGGAAAGUUCCUCACAGUCUCAGCCCACUACUAUCAGAGAGGAUAUCUAUAGGAUUAGGAGAAAUAGUGGAGGGUCUUCCCCAAACUGUGGCAGUUGAGGUCUGGAGACUCCUGCUUAAGGCUAUAGUGGAGUACCUCCCCAAACUUGGGCGUGAAGGUAAAAAAUUUCUGUUUGUAGCAGAGAUCUUUGCUGUCUUUUUGUCAAAUGUUAAGAUAGCGGAUUACACAAUUACCCACCUCACAAGGUCAAAGGUCAAAGAAGUAAUGGCAGACACUCAAUUAAAUGUCUUAACUCCACUUGCUGAGAUUGUGACAUCUGAAAAGGCUGUUUGCUCUGAGCCCAUUGUGUUCUCCACCCUGCUUCUGUCCUACUCCUGGGGAGAGCUCUGCCUACUUUUGGAGGAAUUUGUUCCUGAAAGUAAGAGGUCAGGAUGUCAUCAACAGAAUGUUUACAAAGACCUCGAAGCCGUCUUCACCAUUAGCAGCAACACUUGGAAGGAGCUGCAUACCAUAGCAACAAGUACAAACCAGAAACGAGACCUGUACUUAUGGAAACUAUUGACUACACUAGUUUUGAAGGCUGUUUUAGUUAACAAAGGGAUAGAACAGAGCAGUGAAUAUGUCAGCGAGAUUCUUUUAAGACUGUUCUCAGAUGUAGACAAAAGUUUUGGAGAAGACGAAUGUGUGUCUUAUGGAAUGCUAUGGGAAAUUUCAGCUCAGAACUACAAUAUGGCAAGUUUGGAUCUUGGUCUAAGUAUGGUGCCCCUCUUUGGUACUUUGUUGGCCCAUAAAACCACCCAACAGAUAACAGAUCUAGUGAUAUACAUUAUGGUACACAGAAAGACAAAAAGUAGAUGUGAUGUUCACAGUCAGUUACUGGAUAAAUGUGAGAGCCCCGAGAUACAGGAGAGUUGGUCCUGGCUCACAUGUAUGAUGACAUCAGCACUGCAAGCCCUUCCUCACGUAAUCCGAGAAAAUCAGAACACACCUCGUAAGAAGAGAAGACCCAACCCCAGCAGUUUAGAGGCUGUGAUGAAUGGUCUGUGUGAUUCUGUGUUCACAACAGCUGAUAAAAGUGAACAAAUGAAGAAACUGCAGCACAUAUCUAAUCUGGUCAAUGAAGGACUGCUCAGUGGUGAGGGGAAAUGUCUACAGGAAGUGGAGACUUCUUCAUUGGUGAAUUGUAUACAGAUUAUUGCGGUCAUCCAGCAAAGUGACCACUCCCCAGAAGAGAAGCUUCGUGGGUUCUUGGGAGGAUUGGCUCUGUUGUCACAGGGAAUAUCCUCAGAAGGAAAGACCAAGGAAGAGAUGUUGGAUAAGAUUAUAACAUUACUCAUACAGAUUGUGGAGAAAGUGGGACAGGUGCCUGUUUUUCACCUGCUCGACAUCAACAGCUAUUUCUGUUGGUUAAACUCCAUAAUACACAGGAAGAAGAAAACGUUCUCCUGGGGUCUUUGCCGCAAGUUUGAGCUCUUCCUGGAGAUGUCCUGUAGAGUGAUGGUGACAGAUUUUCAGAUACUCCCAAAACUGUUGAAUAUCAUCACCAAGGAAUUGCAGGAUUCACAGGAAGUUCCAUGUUUUUUGGCACCAAUUCUGAAGGAAAUUUCACAGCUUUUAAAUAGGUCAUAUCUAAAAGGAGAUGUAAUCAGCUUGUGUCAGACAGCUGUCUCACAGGUGUACCUAAACCUGCAGCCUCUCUAUGCCACAGACAGGAAAUCAGCGGAGACAUUAACAGUCAGUCAUGUACAGGUGAUGUCUGCCAUAGUGGGAAUCCUACCGAAAGACCAGAUACUCCAGGGGAAUAUCAAUUGUGUCUACCAAUUCUGUCUGAAAGUCUUGGAAAAUCCAGAAGAAGAUGUUCUGGUUACAAGUGCGUCCUUGGGCUUUUUGGAAAGUUUGUGUUUGUGCAUAGACACCAAAAAAGAUCUUCUUAGCUCGGAACAAAAAAUUAUUUUGUGGAGGACUUUGAAGAAGCUUUUCUAUGAUUUCUUUAUCAAUGGCAACAGACAGAAGGAAACUGUAGAGAACAGCCAUCUUGGAAGAGAAGCAGUGGAAAAGCCUCUGUACUUUAUAGAUGACCACAUUGUGUCACCAUUGCAGGAUAGAGAGAAAGAACAAAGUUGGCAUUGGAUGAAGAAGAAAAUGAUUUUUGAUGGAUGUUUGUCAGGUGAUGGCAGGAAACUGGUUUUCAAGCAGAUCCAGAGUACUAUUGGAGCCUUGGUGUUUUCUCUGGACACCGAUCAGUUUCAGAUAGUUAUUGAAACACUGCUCUCUGAUUGUAGUCUGAGAGAACUCGUAGGGAAUGACUUCUGCCAUGUGCUAGCCUCUCUCCAACUGUGGAAUCAAGUGAUACAGAAUGAAUUAACAGAAGAAAAAGGAUCAGUGGUUGUACGGGCGGUAGAUGAGAUGAUGAUCAACUUUCAGUCGGCCAUCAUACAACUGAAGGACAUCAAAGAGGAGGGCAUCUUUCAUCAUCUUAUAGUCCCACUACUAACAUGUCAAUCAGACAUGCUGAAUUUUGGUCCUGCAUUGAUGUCUUCUCAGUGUGCAACAAUGGCUCUACAGAGUUGUGGUUAUAUCCCAUCAUGCAUCUUGUCUCAUUACCCAGCAUUCCAUGCUGUGUGUGGCGUGUUGACAUCUUUGAUUGUUCAUCACACAGAGACCAUCUUCAAGGUCAUUCCGACCUUCAUUAGCUGUGCAAAUCGUUUGAUGAAAUCUUUGAUUACCUUUGGCAACCAGGACACGUUAAUUGAUAAAGACAGCAUCAAUGAUGCCAAGCAGUGUGCACAUCUUUUGAACAAGUUGUAUGCACUGAUGGCUUCUCACAAACCAGAAUUCUCAAAGGUAGCUGUGUACAUGGUGGCCAAUUAUGUGACAGAGAUUCAGAAAGUCACCUUACAUCCAGUCGUCAAGCGUGCCUUGAUUCCCGCUGUCUAUGCUGUUCUAGACAUAUGUGACACCCAUGCUGUUUCUCAAUUACAUGUGGUUCUGAAUCAAGGUGUGAAAGAGGUGUUCAAAAUGCUGUAUGCUGACUACAUGAAAUAUCAUCAUUAUACUGGAAAAGUGUGAUAUAUACUGUGUUCUUAAGUUGCCUGGAGUCAAUGUUGUAUUCUUAUGCAUGAUAUAUGCAGUUCAGCUGUUAUGGUCAUAAAUAAAGUUUGAUCAAACUGGC